GAGAGAGAGAGAGAGAGAGAGAGUCAACAAAUUGGAGAGAGAGAGGAAGAGUGAGAGAGAAAUGGGGGAUUGCAGGCCAUUGGGUUUCUUGAUUGGCUUGCCUUUCGCUUUUGUUGCUUUGGUUCUCUCUCUCGUCGGUGCCAUUGUUUGGGUUCUCGGGACGGUAUUGAGUUGCCUGUGUCCAUGUUGCAUAUGUUGCAGUGGAAUUGCAAAUUUGGCAGUUACACUUCUGAAGCUUCCAGUGAACGUGAUUCAAUGGUUCAUUGACAAAAUUCCGUGCUAAUCAUGAUAUAAGCCAAAACCGAUCCCGCCAACCGCAGCCUCUUCCGAUCAUGUUAGCGCGCGUUUUGAACAAUGAAUGCAUGUGCCGGACACAUUUGUACAAGCACUAUCCACAGUAAAUUAGUUAGAGAUGAUUAUUAGUACACGAGAGAGUAUGUAUGUACAUGUGAGAAUUAUUCAUUUGUUAAUUGAAUAGUUAGUUAUUGCUUUAUUAUAGAGGC